AUGUCUGCCACAAAAUUCGUUUUGGUCUUUGGUGUCUUGUUAGCAUUGGCCAGCUCUGCCCUUGCUCUCCACUGUUAUCAAUGCAACUCGCUGCAAAAUCCAAAAUGUGGUGAACAUUUCGAAUCGGAUGAUAGUUUGAAAACUGAUUGCAAUCGUGUCAAUGCACCAUUCUACCUGUUGCCACUGUUCAACGGACGGAGCGUUAAUGCAACCGGUUGCAUGAAACAAACAAUGGAAUGGGUUGCAAAUGGUGGUAAACACAUUAUGCGUUCCUGCUAUUUUGGAGAUAUUUACCGCACCGAAACUGGCUGCAAACCAGAUCCAACCAAUUUUAACAGCAGACAAUUGUCCUGUGAAGUUUGCAAGGAUAAUCUAUGCAACAGUUCACCAACUAUGACUCCAUUUGUUAUUGGUCUCGUUUUCUUCUUCGGGUUGGCUCGUCUAUUAUCGUAA